CGGCCAUUCAUUUCGUCACUGUGCAAUUUGGCAUUCACGUGAAGUUCGGUGGUUAUGAAGUGAAUAGGAGGCUCCUGUUAGCUUUUCCGUACCGUUUUCUAAGAUAAUUUAGUGCAAAUUGUGCAUAAAUCUGGUAAUUCCCUCCCCUUGGUUCACUUGUUUUUAGUUCGGAAUGGCCUUAACUACCGGCAAAAUGGGUGGAGAAGACGUGCUGUAUCAGGAGGAAUCUCAAAGUGAUAGACUGUCAAGAAAAACCAAAGAAGCACCUAUGUUCCCAAUAGCCAUUGGUGUAUGUCUUGGAGCAAUAGGCUAUGGAGUCUACAUGUAUAAAAAUAAAGGAAAAAUGAGCACUAGUGUAUAUCUAAUGCAACUUCGUGUUGGGGCACAAGGGGCUGCAGUUGGAGCUUUAACAUUAGGUUUGGCCUAUACUAUGUGGAAGAACCAUUUAGAACGGCAACAAGCCAAUAAAAAGUAGACAAAUUUUAGCAAAUACAUUAUGUAAGAAGACAAAGUUUAUUUGGUGUUUCUAAAUUUUAAGGAAAUGUAGGCUGUUUCUAGUUCUAUGUAAGGAUUUUAAUCGGAAAUAUAAUUUGCACUCACACAAGAGGUUUCGGUGCAAAAGUCACAAGUUUCAGAAGUGUUGAAUUUCUGUAACCGAAAUGAAAAGUAAAAAGCUGGCGAUUUUUUUAAAUUAUAAACCAAUUUCCCAUAUGUUUUGUAAUUCUGACACUAAAAACUUUGAUUUUCGAUAGUUCCAAUGCACUCAAGUAUCUAAUUUAUUACAGAAAUGUAUAAUAGUUUCAAAUGUGAUAAAUUAUUUAUGUAAUAAGUUAUUUAAUUUUUUUAGUAUGUUUAAUGAUUUCAAUGUAAUGCGAAUUAAAACUGUCUGCAUUGUUUGCUACUUUAAACCAUUAAAAGUAUAUUUUGUUA